AAAAACGAGCCCGCCAGAUCUAGUUUUAGUAAAUAAAGUCCCUUUUUUCGAGAGGAGAGAUGUGACACUCCCCUGCUGUUCAGCUCGGCCACAGAUCUGCCUGAUCGCGUAAUUGAUAUACCAUCAUCCUAUCUAUGAAAAAAAAAUCAAUACGUAAUAUAACUUUUCAGCGGUAAUCGUGUACGUGAAUAUUUUCGGUGCAGAUGCACUUUUGUACGCAUUUUGUUUGUAUUUACGAAUGCAUUUUGAAAUAUUAUCCAACGAUUUCGAAAGAUUAACAGAUAGCAAUGAGGAACUACGAGAAUUAGUAUUGAGACACCAAGAGCUAAUCGAAUUAGUCAACGAAGUACAAAAUAUAUAUUCAACAUCUAUGCUAUUUAAUAUAAUAAUUAGUUCGUUUACAAUAUGUUUCUGUGGAUUUAACAUAACGCUUAUCACUGAUCCGGGUAUAUCAUUCGCAUUCUUAAGUUUUCUAUUAAUGAGUUUGUAUCAAAUUUUCAUGUUAUGUUUCUUCGGUGACAUGAUAAGCGUUUCGAGCACAAAAAUUGGUGAUGCGAUUUAUAAAAACAAGUGGUACGAGGCCAAACCAGCAUUUAAAAGGAGUUUAUUUAUUAUAAUUAUGCGGUCUCGAAAGCCUUGCGUUCUCUCGGCGUCAAAAUUUGCGACCCUCAACCUUACAGCGUUUACUAAGAUUCUGAGCCGUUCCUGGUCCUAUUUCGCUUUAUUAAGAACAAUGUACCGUUAAUAAAGUACUUAUUUACGCAAA